AUGGCUGAGACAGAUGCCGGAGAUGGCCUUGAGCUGCCGGGCGAUCCAGGCCUCUCUAAAAGAUACGAGGAAACCCAGACAGGAAGCCGGCUUAGCCCCGCGCCCUUAGUGGCCUCCAUCAGCCACCAAAUAGUGGCUCUGCAGAUUCUGCAGCUGCUGCAGCAGGAGUGGGGCUGAGGGGACGGUCCCAGCGACCCCGGGAGCCCGCGCGAUCCAGACCACGUGUCCUCCGCCCCAGCGCGUCGCUAGACAGGCCCUCGGCCGGCCGGGCCUGUCCUGGGGCGCCAGGAUGGGGGGAGGGCAGGAAUGGGGGGUUCUGGGGAGCGGGUCAGCUCCCCAGAAGCGGAAGCGGUGCGAGGCGCCGAGGCGGGCGCGGACUGCACCCUGGCCCAGAUGGGCAUGCGCAGCGCGCUGGCGCGCGUGGUGGCCUCGACCUCGGAGCUGGUCAGCGUGGAGCAGACGCUGCUGGGCCCCCUCCUGCAGGAGAGGUCCUUCCCCAACCAUCCGAAGGAUCGUGUUGAGUUUAGACACAUCUGCAGUCAUUUGGCUCUACAAAUUCAAGGACAACAGUUUGACAGAGAUCUGGAUACUGCCCACCGGUGUUUGAAGACAAUAGUCAUGAAGCUGAUUCAGUCACUUGCUAAUCUUCCUUCAGAUGCCCACAUGGUAGCCUCUGCUUCUUUGAGACAGAUCUUACAGAAUCUCCCAGACAUAUGGAUGCUCAAGACACCAGAAUUAGAACCACAGCCAGUACUGCUAAGAGGACUGGGUACCUGACAUUCCUAAUUGAAUCAGCAGACAGUGGGUGCUUUUAUUCCCAGGAAGGAGAGAGGUGAUGACAUAUAUAGCAGUCUGACCAGUGGCAUCUGUACCCUUCAGAAUCACAGAAUGUUGGUGACAGGUUUUUAAAGCAGUAGUCCACAUUUUUAAGUAUGUUGAUAUAUUUGCUUACUGUUUGAUUGAAAUGUAUUCCACUUGGCAGAGCUGAUUGUAUCAUAUAUGUUUAUAUUUACCGAUCCACAGAAGGAUUAGUUUUGAUCAAAUGAUACAUUAAUCUAUACUUAUAUUAAUGUAGGCCUAUGAGGUUUAAUAUGGUUAUUUAAUAUGGUUAUUUAUAUAUGGUUACGUGGUUAAAGCUUCAUGGUUCUUAAAAUUAUCUUGAAUAAAUAGGAUAUUUGAUAAUUGAUAUGUUCUACUUACUGAGCACUUCAUUUCAUGUUAUGAAAAUGAUCUUUAGAUGUUGUAGGACCACAUGUGUCAAUAAUUAGGAGUUCCAAUCCUGGCAUUAAUAACUUACUGUUGGACAGGAAAAGAGUUGCUUCUAAGCCUUGUGCAUUCAUGUACUGAUUUGUAAAUUUAUAAUGAUAAUGAGCUAUGAAGUACCAAGGAUAUAUGAUAUGUAAAUACAAAGUACAGUAUUAUUAAAGUCUCAUGUGGAAACAUGUAGCUCUUCUUAACUGUUUCUAAAUAUUCCAAUUGAAGUAGGAAAUUCUUGUGAAAAAAAAGGAGGGACUGGAUAUACUGGCAGGUUUCCCUAAAUACUUAGAGCUGGGAAAAGAGAGGCUAACUUUUUUUGCAACAAUGAUCUGAACAUGCUAGGAAAAACUAAAUUUCCUAUUGCUUAAUGAUUGUAUCAUUUAAUGACUGUAUUGAGAACCAAAGUAAAUUAAAGUGAUGCCUUACCCUUAAAUUUUGAAUAGAAAUGGCAUUGGAUUUAGAAAAAAAAAAAGAGUACAAUGCAUAUUGUGAAUAGUGCACCUUGUUUUCUGAAGGAAUGAAAAACUAGGUCUGUAUGGUGAGAGUUGAUGUGCUAUUAAAAAAUAAAGUAUUAGUAGUAAUCAAAGCCUUUUUAAUCCCACAUGUUCUAAUCCCAGUUGGUUCCAAAAUUUAUUCCAGGAUAUAAUGAUGAAAGGUAUAUAUAUUGAUUCUCUUUGGAUGCAACUGACUAUUCCAUAGAAGAGAAUUACAUUAAUGAGACUGAAUUCUAAAUGAAAGAUGAAAGGUGUGUGUUUGUGCGUGCGUGCGUGUGUGUGUGUGUGUGUAUGUGUGUGUGUGUGUGUGUAUAAGGGUGAGGUGGGCCAGAAAAGAAGAGCAUGUAUUUCUUGGAAACAAUCGUUAGCCCUUGGUUCUCCAAUUCCUAAGAAACAUUGUAUUCUGGGACUAUCACCAUAUUAUAUAGUCAAGUCUUUCUUUCCUCAGUGAAAUUACCCCAGGACUCUUUCUCUAAAGACCCAUCAUUAUAGGCCACUUUGCCCAUUGUAAUCAAUAGCUAUCUCAAUAAAUAUUAAGGCUUUUUAAACUCUCAUCCCCAGGAAAUAUUGAAUAUCUUUGCUUCUUUGUAUCAGUUCUUGUGUUUUUUCCUCAUUUUGCAAUGUUUCGCAUAGAGCAAUAAAAACCCUAUUUCAUCCUUCAAGCCCUGAUUUACCCAUCAACUCCUCCUUGAACUCUCCUGGAUCAUCCUGGUAGGGCAUGGUCUCUUCUUCCUCUGAACUCACAUAAAACACAUGUUGUGCUUGGACAGAUUUGUAUAUUGCAUAGCAGCUACAAUUCUGAAAGUUCUUUGACCCUACUAGAACUCCCAUUGUCUCUAUCACCUUUUCACACUGCCCCCCUCCCUUACUUCUGUGGCUUAUGUUCUUUGCUUAACUUGUAUAAUCAUUUGGUUGUACAUGCCACCAAUUCCCUUCUCCCAUUUUCCUUUGGUUGAAUUCUGCUCACAAAACUCCAUCCCUGGUCAAGACCGACUCUGCUUACUCCCCAUCUCUAUGUGAGUUCUGAAUGUGACUUAAGAACAACACAUAGUCAUGCAAAUUUCACUUCAGUUCAUGGCUACUAAUCUCAAGGGGCCCUCAUGUUAUCCAUUAGUACUAUUUCAUGCCCUAGAACUGCAAUAUCUAAUAUGGUAGCCACUGGCUACAUGUGGCUAUUAAGCACUUGAACAUGGCUAGUCUGAAUUGAGGUAUGCUGAAACCGUAAAAUGCACUCUUUUUGGCUUUUAAAAUCUUCUCAAUUUUUUAUAUCGAUACAUGCUGAGAUAACAUUUUGAAUAUAUUUGGUUAUAUACAAUAUAUUAUUAAAAUUAAUUGCACCAGUUUUAUUUUGCCCUUUUAAGGUGGCUACUGGAAAGUUUGAAAUUCCAUUCUUGGCUUACAUCGUGUAUCUAUAGGAUAGUGGUGUCCUAGAAAAUUCACUAGACGAUUCAGUGCUGUGCUUGACAAUUUACUCCCUUAGGACGGCUGUUCCACACCUUUUCACACUUGAUCCUUUUCCAUUCUCCUCAUUCUUAGCUGAUGGCCUUGCUUUUUAUUGCACAGGGAAAAUAAAAGCCCUUAGAAGGCACAUCUUCACACUAAUAGAUCAACUAUAUACUCCGAGUUCCUUUUUUGUUAUAAGAAAAGACAUGCCCUGCUCCUUUCCAAAGCUGACUGACCACUCAGGCGCUGGACGCUGUCUCUUCUCACUUAUUUGAGGACAUCCCUCUUGCACUCAUUCCUUUUCCUGCAUUAUCAUUUUUUGCUUCUCAACAGGAGCAUUUUCAUCAGCAUGGUAUUAUAGUGUCUCCUCCCAUCUUAAAACAACAAUUCCCCCAGCUAUUACUCGAUUUCUCUCCUCCCCUUAAAAGCAAAAAUCAUCGCAAUUGCCCAAAUUAGUCGUCUACGAUUCUUUUUCCCAGUUCCCUUUUGAACUCGCUCUAAAUGGGUUUUGUGUCCACACUCCACCAAAAGUGUUCUUCUCAUGACUCCCAACGAUUGGCCAUGGACAAAUUCCAUGGCAGAUCCUCAAUCCUCAUCUUAUUGUAUCUAUCAGCAGCUUUUGACACAGUUGACUACUUCCUCCUUGAAUCACUUUCUUAUUUUCGUUUCCAGAUCAGCAGACUUUCAUGGUUUUACACCACUAACUCACUUCACGGAUCUGUUUCUUAAUUCCUCCACAUCACGUUGGCUUCUUGAUUUUAGGGUUCUGCAGUCUUAGUCCUUUUUCUAUAUUACACUGACUCUACAGUGAUUUAAAUACCAGCUAUCCACCAAUGAUGCCAAGAUAUAUAGCUUUCGCCCUGAACUCCAGAUGCCUAUAGCCAACUCACAGAAGAGUAUCUCUCUUUGAAUGUUUAAAAGGAAUUUCCAAAUCCAAAACAGGAUUCUCGCUCCCAAAUCUGCUUCUUCCCCAUCUUCUAAGUCUCACUUGGUGCUGGCUUAUAUCCAUCCAGCCACAUGCGCAAAAAGAACAUUGAAAUCAUCCUUGACUCUUUUUAUCACUCUCACAUAUAGCCCCUCAAUCAGCAAAUCUUAAUGGCUCAGCCUUCAGAGUAUAUCCCAAAUCGAAUCACUUCUCACCACUUCCAUGGCUACUACCCCUAGCCCUAUUCCUGCCUGGAAUAGCACGGUGUCUUCCUAAAUGGUCACGCUACUUUGCUGCCCUCUCCAUAUUGUAUAUCAGGCACAGUAGUAAAAGUCAGACUGAUUAUUCCUCUAUGCUUAAUACACCAAUGGCUUCCCCUUUUACUCAGAAUAAAGUUCAAAUUCUGCCUCUGACCCGUCUCCUACUACACUUCUAUUCUCAUAAUACCAGUCUCUUUGCUGUUCUCACUUCUAACACAACUAGUUUUAGGGCCUUUGUGUUACUCUUUCCUCUGCCUGAAAGACUUCUCUCCCAUCUACUUCAAGUAAGUCUCCACUACAAUGCGCCUCAUUACAGAUGCUCUCUCUAACCCUUAUCAAAAACAGUAUCCCCUGUCACUCUCU